AAUCUUUUCCCUCACUUACCUCCAGAUGGGCUUUCACACUGUAGUCCUGGCCACGUUACUUCUGGCGGGCGUGAUUGCGGCGUAUCCACAGAAAGACGGGCAGAUCUUCAGCAAUGAGGCGAUACGGCAAGCUCAGAAUACCUAUCUUAUCCCGAAGGAUGCGACUAUACAAAAGGUCCAAGAGGGCAUCGAAUUGGCCGCCUACGAAUCGAUCCCCGGGGACCAGAGGAUCAAUCUCUUCGAGAUCUUGGGCGAACACGUUCCACCCGAGGUGGUGAACAACCUUCAGAGCCAGAUUGAUCAAAUAGGUCGAAAUUAAGCUCUCCCCUCGCGCACAAUUCGUCGUCAUCGUCAUCGUCGUGUAAAAAUUAAUCAUACCCUUAAGUGCCUUCGUAGAAAAAGUAUUUAUAUGAACAAGUGUUUCCCUUGUAUCUUGCUUUUGUAUCUCACGCAUUUCUUUUUACGUAUGUGAAGAGUUUCCACUUUUCGUAAAUAAAUGUAUGGGAAAACAGCUUA